AUGAAGUUUGAUUUCUCCAUCCUCGCCGCUGCCACCGCCCUCGUCGGCUCGGCCACCGCAGCACCUCAAAACAACAACAACAAUGGUAACAACAACUGGCAGAGCUACGCUUCACAAGCAAGUUCUUACUGGGCAUCAGCCAACCCCACCGCCACAGGUGAUUGGUCGUCGUGGGCCAAUGCUGCCUCGUCGUACUGGAACAGCGUCAGCCCCAGUGCCGCUCCAUCGCAGUGGUCUUCCUACGCGUCGGCCGCAUCCUCAUACUGGGCUUCCAACAGCGCUAGCAUGGUCACUGCCGCCCCCAGUGCUUUCCCUUGGGCCGGCGGCUUCGGUCCUGGCGGCCAUGGCGGUCCUGGUGGCUGGAGAGGUGGCAAUGGAUACGGUCCUUUCGGGGGCGUCAAUGGCAACGGCACAAACGCCGGCUGGGGUCCAUGGGGCUCAAGCGGUGCAUGGACUUCCGGCCCUUGGACUUCGUGGUGGGGAGGAAGCAACUGCCCUGACAGCACCUGGUCUGGCUGGACUUCAGGCCCUUGGGGCACAAACGCACCCUGGACUUCAUGGUCGGGCUGCAAGGCUUCCACUACUGCUACCUCUACCAUCACCACCACUGUCUCGGGCACACCUACCACUUCUCUCGCAUAUGGAAUCCAGGUGAACGCCGCCACUCAGGCUUCCACUGGUUCUGGAUCGGGUACCGCGGCCUCGGCUUCGGCGACCAAGACUGGUGCUGCUGCCAAUGUUGGUGUUUCUGGCGCCGGUGUCGGUAUCGCAGCUGGUGCUGUUGCUUUGUUGAUGCUGUAA